UGGUGACCUUUCAUGAUGUCACUGUGAGCUUUAACCAAGAAGAAUGGAAUUUGCUGAACUCCUCUCAGCGAAACCUCUGCAGAGAUGUCAUGCUGGAGAAUUACCAGAACCUGAUGGCAAUAGAAUGGGAGCUGCAACAACUUAACCAAAAAGACAUGGCAUUUCAGCAGCUUAAUUUUGGGUACGAAACCUCGAAGAUAGAGACAGUAAGAUCACAGGAAAGAAUCCAAAAUGACUGGGAUGACUAUGAUUGUGAAAACUGUGGAAAAGACUCCAGUGGCCAUUCACGCCCUAGUACACAUAAGAAUCCUCAAAGUGGAGGGACUUCUUCCGAGUAUAAGCAGUACAGAAAGGGCUUCUUCCCUCUGAAGAGAACAUCCUCUGCAGAGACAAACUUCGCUGAGCCUCUUAAACUUACUGAACAUAAAAAAACACACAUAAGAAGGAUUCCCUGUGGUGAAGAAUGUGGGAAUUCGUUGACAAGUUUCUCAAAUCUUCAUGCUUAUACUACAAUUGACACAGAGAGAAAUGCUUACAAAUGUCAGAAACGUGGAAUAGGUUUUCAGUGUUCUGCUCUCCUUAAACGUCACGUACAGACACACACUUGGGAAGAAUUCCAUGAAUCUGAUAAAUGCAGGCAGUCCAUCACUCAAGUCUCAGAACUUAUCCACCAUCCAAAUACCCACAGUGGAGAAAACCCCCGUGAAUGUGAGAAAUGUGGGGAAGCCUUCACUAAGCCUUCAGUCCUUACCAAACAUCUGAAAACCCAUGUUGGAGAGAAACCUUAUGUAUGUAAGGAAUGCGGGAAGGCUUUUACUAAGCCUUCAGUCCUUACCAAACAUCUGAAAACUCACACUGGAGAGAAACCUUAUGUGUGUAAGGAAUGUGGGAAGGCCUUCACGCAAUCCUCACACCUUACUGAGCACACAAAAAUUCACACUGGAGUAAAGCCUUAUAAAUGUGACAAAUGUGGGAAGGCCUUUGCUGCCUAUUCACAUCUCACGUAUCAUUUUCGAUACCACACUGGAGAUAAGCCUUUCCAAUGUAACAUAUGUGGGAAGACAUUUUCCAGUUCUUCAUACACUACCAUUCACAAGCGCACACACACUGGUGAGAAACCUUAUGAAUGUAAGAACUGCGGGAAGGCCUUUGCAACUUCUUCACACCUUACUAAACAUUAUCGAUUUCACACUGGAGAGAAAUACGAGUGUGACAUAUGCGGAAAAACAUUCGCCAACAGUUCAUACAUUAUCAUUCAUAAACGUAUUCACACUGGAGAGAAACCCUAUGUGUGUAAGGAAUGUGGGGAAGCCUUUGUUAGUUCUUCGUGUCUUACUAAACAUCACAGAUCUCACACUGGAGAGAAGUACGAGUGUGACAUUUGUGGGAAAUCGUUUGCCAAUAACUCGUACAUUAUCGUUCACAAGCGCACUCACACUGGAGAGAAGCCCUACCCGUGUAAGGAGUGUGGGAAAGCCUUCACUCAGUCUUCACGACUCACUGAACAUAUAAAAAUUCACAUUGGAGAGAAACCUUAUCAGUGUGACAAGUGUGGGAGGUCCUUCGUUACUUCUUCACAUCUUACUAAACAUUAUAGAUCGCAUACUGGAUAGACGUGUUCCCAUGAGAUAUUUAUCAAGCCAAUAUAUUGAUAUUGACAAGUGUACUCACAAGGUAG